GUCAGGCAAUGCGUCUGUGGAAAGAAUUCAACGAUUUGUUCUCUGUUUUGCCAUUCUGUGCGCUGAUCAAGGGCAAAAUACUUUGUAUGCACGGAGGCCUGAGUCCACGUCUCGAGACUCUUGAUGAUAUUCGUAAUAUAAAAAUGCCUGUGUUAGAAACGUUUCCGGAUACUUUGGAACAAGAUUUGGUUUGGUCUGAUCCGAAACUCGAUUUAAAAGGUUACGAGCCCAACAAACUACGAAAUGUAAGCGUGGCAUUCGGCGAGGAUAUUGUACAAAAAACGUGCAAACGCUUGAAACUGGAUCUCAUCAUCAGGGCGCACCAGGUUUUUUCGAAAUUUAGAAGAAAAACCAAAAAACUCCUAAAAAAUGAAAAUUGUCCUGGGAACAGCUAAGA